CGGCUGCGCUCAAGUCUCUAGAGAAGCUCAGGGUCGGGUCGGCGUGAUGCGCAGCAGCACCGCCGGCGGCCAUGCGCCACCAUCGCGUUGCAACUGUCAUGCUGCUGCGAUGGGUCUGGCCACCGCCGCGCUGCUCGCCCUCCUCCUCUUCGAGACGUCACGGGUCUCUGCCAGCCCAGAGCGGGUGCUCCGGCAGGCGCGUCACACUCGCCGUCGGAUUGGCGGCAGCGAGCUGCGCCCCUUUGAGACGCCGACUGAUGAUUCUCGCCUCUCGGCGGCAGACAUCACUCUCCUCAUCAACAGCGGAGCCCUCCCGUCGCUCUCUCCGCCUCCGCCUCCGUCGUCGCUCUCUCCUCCCAGCUCGCGGCCGCCGCCAACGGCGACCGCCCUGAGCGCUAGCCAGGCUGCCCUCGUCAAGUACAUGGUAACGCUCGGCUUCGCCACCGCCGAGGCGCAGGCGGCGGUCGAGGCGACGCAGCCGCAGAGCGAGAGGGAGGUUCACGAGAAGGCGCAGCCGUGGAGCCUCAGGCGGCGCGUCGAGGCCAACCGCGCCGAGUUCGGGUCGGAGCGCGAGGUGGUCUCAUUCGACCACAUGGACAUGGACGGGUACGCGCUCCGCUGGGGCUCCGACCACAUCGCCUCGUCGCUGGCGGACUGCGGCAGGCGCUGCCUCGAGCUGACGCCGGAGCAGCCGUACUACAUGCCGUGCAACGUCUUUGUGUUUUGCCCGCUCGAGAUGUGCUUCGCGCCGGCGCAGCUCCCGAAGGGGUCGCGCAAGGGUUGGUGCUGGCUCAAGAACCAGCCCGACCCGACCGCGCCGCAGGUCAACAUGAACGGCACGGACCGGAGGACGCAGACGGGCUUCGUGGAGUGGCAGGCGGGGGUCGUGGUCAAAAAGGGGAGUCGCGUGCGGACGGACAUCAAGUCGGCCCGCGCGUCAUGGUGACUCUCUGUGUGUUGCGGUGCCGCGUGUGGCCUAAAUAACAAAUAAUAA